GGGGCCGCGGUGCCGGUAAGUUGGCGGCGCGGUGGCGGCGGCCCCGGGGGAGCGGGCGCCGCGCGCGCUCCCAUUGGCCGCGCCGCCGUCAGCUGCUCCUAUUUUCUGCUGUCGCUUUUGGCGCUCGGCCAUCCAGAAACAAACCACUUCGAUGACUACUAAUAGUUAUAGCCAGAUGUACUAAUACACAACAAAUCACGGUCCGGGAGCGGGGCGAGCAAAUGAGUUCCUAUUUCGUGAAUCCCCCUUUCCCUGGGAGCCUGCCCAGUGGCCAGGACUCUUUCCUCGGGCAGAUCCCCCUCUAUCCGGCUGGCUAUGAUGCUCUGAGGCAUUUUCCGGCUUCCUACGGGGCAAGCAGCCUGCAGGACAAGCCUUACACCUCACCUUGCUUUUACCAACAGUCCAACACCGUCCUUGCUUGCAAUCGGGCUUCCUAUGACUAUGGAGCCUCUUGUUUUUACUCGGACAAGGACAUUAGUAGCGCCUCUCCCUCCGGCAGUGGCAAGCAGAGGGGACACGGGGACUAUCUGCACUUUUCUCCCGGUCAACAAUACAAGUCGAGCGGCGUGCACACCAAAACCGUGAAUGACGAAGGCACCGACCGGAAGUACACGAGUCCCGUUUACCCCUGGAUGCAGCGCAUGAACUCCUGUGCGGGUACAGUAUAUGGAGCUCAUGGGAGACGAGGGAGGCAAACUUACACCAGAUACCAAACGCUAGAGUUAGAGAAGGAAUUUCAUUUUAACAGAUAUUUAACCAGAAGACGACGUAUUGAGAUUGCAAACGCUCUCUGCCUUACUGAACGCCAGAUUAAAAUAUGGUUUCAAAACAGGCGGAUGAAAUGGAAAAAGGAAAACAAAUUCAUGAAUUCCGCACAGCCCAGCAGCGAAGAAACAGAGGAAAAGUCAGGGGAGUAGAACCAUAUUUAGUAAACGCUACCAGGCCUUUCCUUAGCGCUCACUACUAUUAUUAUUAUUAUUAUUUACCUUGUGUUCCUUCUGCUACUAAAAUCCUAUAGGUUUGUCACAGUCUAUUAAUUCCCCAAAGGCUUGGUUAAAAGAUGUACAUUUACAAUCAACUGUGACUUUCUUUAAUAUAUGUAGAAGUCUAAGCUUUCGAGCGAUGUCAUGUAUAUAUGUAACCACUUCUCCUAAGCAUAGAUGGCUUUGCUUAAAGUAUUUGAGAAAUGGCCCAGAUUUUUAAAUAUUUGAGGUGAGCAUCUGUGUGCGGGUGAGUGUCCAUGGCGUGUCUGUGUGAGAACAGAUAAGCGAGGGUGGGUUGUUGGUUUUUUUUUUUUUUGGUAAUUAGGAUUGUUCAUAUUGUAGAAAUACGAGAGAUUUUAGAAAAUCUUGGUUUUACGUUUUCACUAAUUCCCGCUACGUCGGGCCGUCUCCUGUUGUGUUUGGGAGUCUAUGGUUUGUAGAAAAAAAAAGUUUAACACACGUAUAAGGUAUUUAAUUUGCAAAAAGAAGAAAUUUUCUUAAAAAAAAUCGUUGUAUAAAAACCUGAGUAUGAACUUGCAGUUAAAGCACAGAUUAAUCGCAGGGAGAUUUAUAAAUGCCGCUAUACUGUCUCUAAUCUGCACUACUAGUACUAAAGUAAAAACUCGGCGUUAAACUUUAGCACAAGCGAGCGAAGAGGUUUUUAAGGCGGGUGAAUUUCUGUGGUUCCCGUUGAGCUUGCACUGAGAUUUCGGUGAGCUCAGCUCUCCACGGAGGGGCUUUGAAUUAUGCACUACAUUUCUUGCGUUUCUUGGGGACUCGUGGGCUUGGUUCUUUCUUUCUUUCUUUCUUUUUUUUUUUUUUUUUUGAAUUAAAGUGUCUGUCAUAUUGACUCGGGGGUAUUCUUCCCUGCUUUUGUGGUAUCUUAAUUCACAUUCGCGUUUCUUAGCAUUGAAAACAAAAUAAAUAGAUAAUCUAAAGAACAGCAGCUGCGAUAAAAAUGCUUCUAUUUCGAGUUCUCUUUAAGUAAAAUGAGCGCAGUGAAAAUA